AUGAAUUCUACAAUAUCCAUCCAUCCCUCUCUCAGCUAUCAGUCUCCGAGUCCUACUAUAACCGGCUUUCCAUCAUAUGACUCGCCACCCCCUUAUCAUUAUCCAACUCACCAGGGUCCUUCUCCAUAUGUCUUCCCCCAACAGAAAGACGACUCUUCCUUCAUAAAGUCUAGAUUAUCCGAGAGUCCCGUAUCUACUACUUUUACGGACCAAUCUUCCGAUACCUCGUCCGUCGAACACCCAUCCCGUGAUAAUUCACACAGAGCAUCUCGUUUCACUAUCGCCCACCCAUACGCACGCCUUUACGCAAAGAAGGAUGGUUCAAAGCGACGAAAAAUCUGGAACCACGUCCUCGAGAAACAACUCUUCUCUCCUCAGGAGUUGUCAACUAUGGGCGCACCACAUAGACGUACCAUUUAUAUCGCCUCUCUCGAGGCUCACAUCGAUCGGCUACACAAUCAGCUGCUCGGAAUCGGCCUUUACCCAAUCCCAUUUCAGCGUCUCGAACCAUACCGGGGCCUCAAUUCAAAGACGGCCAAGGCGGGCUUGCAACACGAUGCUACCCAUACAAAGCUUAAGUUGCUAGAGCUAGAACGUUCGAACAAUAAUCUCCACAAGCUCCUCGGCACCCAAGCAACUUCAACCUCCUCCAUUUCUCUUGAAGCAGAUGUCCGCCGUCACUCUAUGGAUUCAUCCGGAAUAGCCGUAAACUCAAGGACCGCCAUCAAUUCUGCAGGCCCGAUGAUCAUGGAUUCCCUUGCUUAUUCGGCAAGGUCAUAG